GAAGAAGAACCAUUUGAAGAGGUUAUAAAAAAGUGGGCAUUAAAAACGUACCAAACCCAUCAAGCUCUGAAUGGUCUGUUAGUCAUUUUACGUGCAAGAACCAACUACACUCUUCCCAAAGAUGCGCGUACAUUACUGGGAACAAAGCAAUGCGGAAAAGAUAUUGUUCCAAUCGAAGGAGGAGAAUUUUGGUUCCCGGGAGUACGAUCGGUGCUUAACAGACACUUUCGUAACAUGCAACCAAAUGUGAGUUCAUUCUCAUUGAACCUCUCCAUCAAUGGACUUCCCUUGAACAAGAGUACCCGCAAACAGUUUUGGCCAAUACUGAUGAGCAUUCAGGAACUGCCUGAAGUGCCAGUGCUAAUGGUUGGAAAUUUCUUUGGAUCAUCUAAACCAAAAAGCGUCGAGCAAUACCUGAGGCCGCUUGUAAAUGAGCUGAAUGAGAUGAUACAGAAUGGCAUUGUGAUAGCCGAUAAGCUCAUCCAAAUACGCGUUAGAGCUAUCAUCGCAGAUUCACCAGCGCGUGCGUUCAUAAAAGGUGUUGCAUACUUCAAUCAUAAACAUGGGUGCCAAAAAUGUACAGUAGAAGGAAAACAUCACAGUGCGGCACGUGUUUCCUAUUUUCUGGAUAUCGACGUAGUGGAGUAACAUUGCAUAUAAAUUAUAAUAUGCGUCUAUAUCCAUGUACUCAAGAUAAUUGGUUUUUAACUAAGGAUUUUUAUAUUGAUAAAUAUUGUAAGGCAGAAAAAAUAGGAUCAACGAUUAACAUUUAUGGGACAGCAUUUAACAAAAUCACAGAAACUCAUACUUUCUUUUAUUAAUAUAUAUUACGAACUCAAACAAGUGAAGUUAAAAACGUGUUAAAACUUAAGAAAAAAAAUCCUGUAGGAUCUAAUUAAUUCAUUACAAUCCCUAACACUGAAAAUAUGGAGUCCCGAACUUGAUCAAAUUAUCAACCGCACUGCCGCACUCAAAGCGUGCAACAUUGCCCCACUUUUAUCGUUUAUUCUGAUCCACCGCUUUAUUUUACGAAGCCAGAUGGAACAAGUGUAAAUCCUGAAACUUUUGAAAAAAUUCCCGAUUUGGUAAAGGAUCUACCAACAUUCACUGGUGAUCCCAGCGAACUGAAUAGCUGGUUAAAUGACGUAGACAGUUUAGUGAAACUGUACCAAACUAAAGGUACAGACACCAUCGAACGUCGAAAUAAAUAUCACAUGAUCUGCAAAUUCAUUCGUAGAAAAAUCCGCGGAGAAGCGAAUGACUCACUCGUCGCUUCAAACGUAAGCAUAAACUGGAACCUGAUCAAAAAACAUCGGUCACCUAUUACGGUGAAAAACGUGACUUGGAAACAUUGGACUUCCAACUCAUGAGCGUGCAAAAGAAGAACCACUCACUUGAAGUAUAUUACGACGAGGUGAACAGAUUACUGUCCCU